AUGGCGUCCCCUUCUUCUCGCUCCACAAUUCAUUCACCAAAAGAUGGUGUACGAAACGAUUCUAUCAAAACUGAACAGGAAUUAGUCAGAUCCGGCGAUAUUUAUGCCCUCCAACAAUUCCGAUGGGACCAAUAUGAGAAGGAUAGGAGGAAAAUGAGAUGGCAAGAUGCUUCGUUUGACCUUCUCGACACGGAGUAUGAGCUCCGAGAGAUUUUCCACGAAGAGCUAUCUAUCAAAGAAAGCAACGAGUCCGAUUCAACCGCGUCAGAGAGACUUCGAUGUUUGAAUGACCAAUAUCAAAUCUUGUCCCUACAGUGGUGGUUUCAUCGGACUAACAUUGAUGGUGUUCAAUGGCGGGCAUUUAAACUGUGGCGAUCACACCCCCAGUGGUAUAUGCACAGUGAGCUGGUUAAGGACUGUGUCGGUCGGCAAGGAUGCUGUGCUCGUGGAUGCGGUUGCUGCUUGAACCGCAACAUCGACUCUUCGCGCCAUUUGAGCGUGGGCCAUUGUACACUGGAAUGCGGAUGCUGCGCCAGGAAUCGCGGGUUUGAAAUGUCUGAAGCAGAGAAAACCGACUUGAAAAAUCUCUAUAAGUCGCAAUGGAAAGACGGACGCAAUAUCCGCUCGUUGUGGAUCCGUCGAGUGUCAAUUUGGGGGUUGUCUGACAUGAGGGGAAGAAAUCCUUUUGACAUGAUCGACGCACCCCCAAGUUAUGAACAGAGUGAAAGAAGGGCAAAUGCUAGGGCGGGUUAA